UAUAUAAGAAAGGGAAUUGAAAACUUGGUUGGCACUGUGAAUUUGAGUUGAGUUUUGAAUUGUGCAUGCUGCACAGCACGCACUGCACAGAUUCAAAAUGACCGAACUCACUAACAAAAACCCUUAUCCUCCUCCAACCGCACUCUACUCUGACCUUCUUCAUGAUCCUAACCUCUUCACCGAAAAGCUUCAAUCUUUUCAUGAUUCAUUUGGUACCAAAUUAAAGAUUCCUACUAUAGGGGGAAAGCCACUAGAUCUACAUCACCUUUUCGUUGAAGUAACAUCUCGUGGUGGUAUAGAAAAGGUGAUUAUAGAUCGUAAAUGGAAGGAAGUAGUUAUGUCCUUCAAGUUCCGAGAGACCAUAACAAGCGCAUCAUUCAUGGUGCGCAAGUACUAUCUAUCAUUGUUGUAUCACUUUGAGCAAGCAUAUUAUCUUUGCAAGCAAGUCCCUCCCUCAACACCUGAUGCUAUGAGUGAGAACCUUGCCAAUAGCUCCACAACCAAUAGAGAGGGUGCUGCUAUCAAUGAUUCACCUGUUCAGGUCAAUCCAGUACAGACACUUGGUUCUUUAGUUCGUGGAACAGUUGAUGGGAAAUUCGAUGGUGGAUAUAUAGUAACGGUGGACCUGGGUUCUGAACAGCUGAAAGGUGUCCUGUAUCAUGUUCCUAGUAAUGCGUCUCCGAGUUCUUAUACUGAAGGUACGCCUAUUUCAAGGAAAAGAAAGAAAUCAAGAUUGGCAUUAAGUGAUCCAUAUCGUCCGAAAUCAAACAGGAAUGGUUACAAUUUCUUUUUUGCUGAGAAUUAUGCCAGGCUAAAGCCUUCAUUUUACGGCCAAGAGGGAGCAAUUAACAAGAAAAUUGGGGUUAUGUGGAGAAAUCUGACAGAUGCAGAAAGACAGGUUUAUCAGGAGAAAGGGAAAAGAGAUAAAGAAAGAUACAGGAUUGAAAUGUUGAAGUACAAAUCCAACGGUUCAACUCCUCAAUAGACUCUUGUGUUCUUUUCUUUUAUCCUUGUUAUAGUUGGUUUUAUUUAUCGUUAUACAGAUAAUUUUCUCAUGAGAAAAUUGCUGGCUCAGAAAGGUAGCUUUUAGACAAUUCUGGUGUAAAUUAUGGUGAAUGGUUUUGCAAAACAUCUUGUAGUAGUUUUUUUCUCUAAAAUCAUGGAUCUUUCAUUCAA